AUGAAAAUAUUAAAGAAUUAUCUGGAACCCAGUUUUUUAUCAUACAAUUUUCCCAUAAUUGCUAUACCAAAAGUGCCCAGAAGGGAGUUCGCUGUCCCCGAGUGGCAGGACGAAAACUACAAUUACUUUGUCCAAGUGGUAGAUACCACUCGUCUGCUGGACAAAAUCUUCCCUUAUAUCGACGCCAAUUACUACAUUUUUCUGAAUGGCUUCCAAAGGAGGUUGCUCACCAACUGGUCUUUCAGACUGGUCGCCAUGGCGCUGGGAGCCGGUAUUGGCUGGUGGGGCUUCUGUCCCUCUCUGGGCAGUGAUGACCAAAUCCCUAAAUCCUCCUACCUCAUUCAUCAGUUGAUCGGACUAAUCAACUGGGUCUCGCCCAGCUUCGGUCUCUGUCUUUUCGGAACCUCGGUUCGACGUCUUGCUGUCGCAUCAGUUUCCGGCCUGUUCGCUUAUGCGUUAACUUUGGGUGCUACGUUUGCUGAUGUGCGAUACGAUGCCAACAAGUGGCAUUCUAUGCAGGCCGACUUCACUGGACUAGAAGCAUGCCGGGCCUACUGGUUGCCCGAGAAGGAAGAGCAAAGGCGAAGCAGAUUCCUUCUGGCUUUGCUAGCUGAGGAGCGAAAAGAAGGAUCAGAUGACUCCCAAGUAAAUAUAUUAUCUGUAUUUGCUUCCUUUUUCAAAUCUCUUAAGAUUUGUUGCUUUUACCAAGUCUGUGCCUAUUUAUCAUGA